UCAGUCAGUCAGUGGUCAGUGACGAGGUGACAAGUCAUUGACGGUGAAUUUUUUUCUUUGUCUUGUCUCGUUCUGUCUUUUUGUCGGCAACUUGUAAAUUUGUCUCGAAUUAUUCAAAUAUACAUUUUUCUAUAGGUUUAUGUGUCUUUUAUGUAAUUAAAAUAGUCGCUGGUGAUAAUUUUUUGUAAAAUAUAUAAUAUUGCCGACUCCAUCCACAUGCGAACAUAAAUUUUGUAAUACGUUUUCCAUAAAUAUCAGAAUUUUACGUAAAGUAAAUUAUAAUUGUAUUUGUUGUUUUGAAUAUUUUCAAAGUACACAGACAAAAUUUCAUAGGUAUUUCGCGUGGUACCGACCGGUACCUAUUUCAUAGGUGGAUACCAAUGGUAUUCCAUGACAUCUUGUGACCCACCUUGAACAUCACAUAAUAAGGGACCUAUAGCAUAUCCAAUCCCUUAAAAUGGAGUCAAAUAAAAAGAAAAGUCGACCGUCACAUCCCAGAGCAAGUGCCAAUCCACUAUCUUCCCUAACAUUUGCAUGGACUUUGCCAAUUUUUUGGGGAGGCCUCAAAAAGGAGAUGGAAGAACAUGAUCUGUAUGAACCUUUGGAUGAACAUUCUUCAGGUCCUUUGGGAGAUAAAUUUGCCCGUCUCUGGGAGGAGGAAGUGGCCAGGGCAGGCAGUAAGAGAACACCCAGCCUUCUCAGAGUUAUCUUGAGAGCAUAUGCGGCCCGGUGCAUGUUGUACGGAUUUGUUUUGUUGUUUAUGGAAUGUUGCAUAAGGAUAGCACAGCCAGUGUUCCUUGGCAAAUUAGUGGAGUACUACAGUCCCGGGCAGAUCUCGGUGGCCAGGGAAGAAGCGUAUGUGUACGCUGCCUUAGUGGUUCUGUGUUCGGCGCUCAACGUGUUCAUAGUACAUCCGUACAUGAUGGCCAUCCUUCACAUGGGAAUGAAGUUUAGGGUUGCUUGCUGUUCAUUAAUUUACAGAAAGUCGCUAAGACUGUCCAAAACUGCACUCGGCGAAACAACAGUGGGACAAGUAGUAAAUCUGUUAUCCAAUGACGUGAACCGUUUUGACGUGGCCAUCAUCUUCUUACACUAUCUAUGGAUCGGGCCGUUAGCCACAGUAAUCAUAACGUACUUUAUGUGGUUGGAGAUUAGCUGGGCGGCGGUGGUGGGGGUCGGAUUCAUGUUGCUCUUCAUACCUCUACAAGCGUAUUUGGGCAAACGUACAUCUGUGCUUCGGUUAAAAACUGCUCUAAGAACUGAUGAGAGAGUGCGUCUUAUGAACGAGAUCCUGUCAGGAAUACAGGUCAUCAAGAUGUACACAUGGGAGAAGCCCUUUGCUGAUCUGGUGGCUAAAGCGAGAAAGCAUGAAAUUAAGCAGAUCCGCGCUACGUCGUACAUCCGCGGCGUUCUCACGUCGUUCAUAAUGUUCAUGACCCGGAUUUGUCUGUACUGCUCCAUCAUCGUGUACGUGCUCGUUCACAACAACAUCACCGCCAAGCAAGUGUUCGUCAUCACCAGUUUCUACAACAUUCUGAGACAGACUAUGACCGUGUUCUUCCCGCAAGGUAUUGCUCAAGUAGCCGAAGCCACAAUAUCAAUCAAACGACUGCAAAGCUUCAUGCUUUACGAAGAUACAAGUAAGCCAGUGCCCGGGCUGGCCGAUAUACAGACUUCUGGCAAAACGAAGGUGGAGAAAGAAGACAGUAAAGAUGACAUCGUAAAAGAUAAACAGAGUUUGGAGGUGCCGCAGGACGUGCCACAAGAGUCGCCACGGGUUUCAGCUGCCGACACGAAGGUGGAUGUGGAGGGACUGAAAGGGAACGGUAACGUAAAUCUAGCGCCUCUAGAAUCAGGCGAGGAAGACGAACAGGAAUUGUUAUCGCGUGUGGAACAAGACGCGCGGGGCGUGCGCCUCAAACACGCUACGGCCAAAUGGAUUGAGUCACAUCCCGAGAACACACUCACUGAUCUGUCGCUCACCAUCAAGCCUGGCAAGCUAAUAGCAGUGAUCGGUCCAGUAGGCGCCGGCAAGUCGUCGCUGCUGCACGUGUUGUUGCGAGAGUUGCCGCUGCAGUCGGGCAGCUUGCACGUUGGAGGAACAGUGUCCUACGCCAGCCAGGAGCCGUGGUUGUUUGCAGGUAGCGUCCGUCAGAACAUUCUUUUCGGUCAGGCAAUGGACCGUCCGCGGUACAACGCGGUGGUGCGUCGUUGUGCGCUGGACCGGGAUUUCCAAAUGUUCCCACACGGGGACAAGACCGUCGUCGGAGAGAGGGGAGUUAGCCUUAGUGGAGGUCAACGUGCCCGCAUCUCUCUGGCCCGAUCAGUUUACAAACGCGCGGACAUCUAUCUACUUGAUGAUCCUUUAUCAGCGGUGGACGCCCACGUCGGCCGGCAUCUGUUUGAGUCGUGUGUGGUCGGCUAUCUCCGCAACACUACGAGGAUCCUUGUUACUCACCAGCUGCAGUUCCUGAGGGACGUCGACCAGAUCGUCAUACUAAAGAAUGGUGCAAUCGCAGCGGCUGGGGACUUCGAAACACUCAGUGCUUCAGGUCUUGAUUUCGCGUCUCUCCUCGCCCGGAACCAAGAGGAGCAGGUGAAGCCUGCCGCGGAACAACCAAUAGACGCGGAGGAGUCUGCGGCCGCUGUAUUGCAAGGCAGCUUCAGAAAGCGGCAGAUGAGCAUACAUUCGGUGAGUUCGAUGGACAACCUGACGGCAACAGCGCCGCCGGAGGACGCGCGCACGGAGGCGGAGCUGCGGUCGGCGGGCGCGGUGUCCGGCGCCGUGUACGGGGCCUACCUGCGCGCCAGCGGGCAUCCGCUGCUCGUCGCCUUCAUGACGUUCGUCGCUGUGGUGUCGCAGGUGCUGGGCUCAGGAUUCGACUGGUGGACUGGAUUCUGGGUCAAUUUGGAGGAAGAAAACCCGUCAGCGGUAUUGGCUACGAUGGAGAAAAGCAAUCAGACCGGUCCAAUUGAGUUUGCCACUAGUUAUGAGGAAAAGCUUGUUUCUAACGUGUACUACAGUAGUUUUGACUUGUCUAGAUAUGACUGUAUUUACAUAUACACAGGCAUGGUGGUCGCGCUUGUAGUGAUAUCCCUUCUGCGCUCGUUCAUGUUCUUCUCUAUGGCGAUGCGAGCGUCCACCCGGCUCCACAACAACAUGUUCCAGGCCAUCACCCGGGCGCCCAUGAGAUUCUUCCACGUCAAUCCGUCUGGAAGAAUCCUGAAUAGAUUCUCAAAGGAUAUGGGAGCAGUGGACGAAGUUUUGCCAGCGGCACUUUUGGAUGUUCUACAGAUCGGCCUCUCGCUGAUCGGUAUCGUGGUGGUGGUGGCGGUGGUGAACUACUGGCUGUUGGUGCCGACGAUGGUGAUCGGAGUCGUGUUCUACCUUCUGCGCAUCUUCUACCUGUCGUCCUCGCGCAGCAUCAAGCGGCUCGAGGGUGUGACUCGAAGCCCGGUGUUCUCCCACCUUAACGCGACUCUGCAAGGAAUCACCACCAUACGUGCGUUUGGUGCUCAGGAGGCUCUUAUAAGGGAAUUCGAUAAUCACCAAGACUUGCACAGUUCUGCUUGGUAUUUAUUCAUCGCAAGUUCCCGUGCAUUUGGCUUUUGGCUGGACCUCGUGUGCGUUGUUUACAUAGGAGUGGUCACGCUUAGCUUUUUAGUUAUGGGAGAAGAUGAGUAUGGCGGUAACGUGGGCCUAGCCAUCACUCAGGCCAUGGCUCUCACCGGCAUGUUCCAGUGGGGUAUGCGCCAGUCCACGGAGCUGGAAAACCAGAUGACCAGUGUGGAAAGAAUCCAAGAAUAUUCAAACAUCGAAUCGGAGCCGCCCUUGCAAUCUGCGCCGGAGAAGAAGCCGCCGCCAUCUUGGCCGGAGUCGGGCCGACUGGAAUUCCGCCAUGUUCACUUGUAUUACGCGCCUGGGGAACCACCCGUGUUAAAAGACCUAACUCUGAUCAUACAGCCAAAGGAGAAGGUCGGCAUUGUUGGCAGAACCGGAGCAGGGAAGAGUUCGCUUAUAAACGCGCUUUUUAGAUUGGCAACAAUCGAGGGCGAGAUAAUAAUCGACGGGCGGGAGACCUCCACACUGGGGCUACACGAGCUUCGUAGCCGGGUGUCCAUCAUCCCGCAGGAACCCGUGUUAUUCUCAGGAACCAUGCGACACAAUCUUGAUCCUUUUGACGAGUACCCCGAUCAGGUGCUAUGGAAGGCAUUGGAGGAGGUGGAGCUGAAAGAAGCCGUGAUGGAACUGCCCGCGGGACUCUCCUCUCGCAUUGCUGAAGGCGGCGGGAACUUCUCAGUGGGCCAGCGGCAGCUCGUGUGCCUCGCGCGCGCCAUCGUGCGCCGGAACCGGCUGCUGGUGCUCGACGAGGCCACCGCCAACGUCGACCCGCAGACCGACGCUCUUAUACAAACUACAAUAAGGAACAAAUUCGCAGAGUGCACUGUACUUACAAUAGCUCAUCGUUUACACACCGUUAUGGAUUCGGAUAAGGUGCUGGUAAUGGACGCGGGUCAGAUGGUGGAGUUCGAUCACCCGCACGUGCUGCUGCAGCGCGAGGACGGCGUGCUGCGCGCCAUGGUGCGGCAGACCGGCCGCGCCAUGGCCGGCUCGCUCGGCGCCGUCGCGCGCCAGGGAUACGACAAAAAGCACCAGAGUUCGCCUACAAGUUCAAAUUGAUGCAAUUAGUAAUAGAUAUAGGAUUUAAUUAUACACGUUCCUAUACUAUAGAUAUGAAGAUGAUCUGAUAAUUCGAAUCAAAAAGCACGGUCUAGGACUGUCGCUACAAAAACUAAUGGAUCUGUUUGUAGUACUCGGGACGCGCAAAACUUCGGUAUUAUUGCGGUGGUAAUGUUACGAGUAUAUCUGAUCAAUAAAUCACAACGUGCCAUUCCUACAAAUAACUAUAAUAUUUAUGCAUUCCAUAGCCACGAGUUUUACGCGUCCCCGACCUAAUACACCGAAAAUGUCACAAUUUCUAACACUUUUAGUUUUACAAAUCGAAUUUAUUUUUAAGAAUAGUUAUAACAGUACUUAUAGAACCGUGAAUUUCACAAAAACAAGUGAUAUUUUAGCGUAUUUUUAUUCUAAAGAUUAUAUACCAAAUUGUUAAUACUGUGAUUUUAGAAUGUCCUAUACUUGAAUGGUUUCUAAUCAUGAAAAAUUAUUGUUGACUGAGGUUUUGUAAGACGUGGUCCAUGUUUGGCUAACUAUUACUACUUUUCACUUGCCACGAUCCUUGCAGACAUAUUUCGCUUCAUUCAAUUCCAUCACUACUUCGUGCAAGGUCGUCGGUUUAGGGUAGUUACUCUUGAUCUGACCUUUUGCCAGAAAAACGCUCUGAUUUGAGAAAGUUAAACUAUAUAGUUAGGUGCUAAUUUCCUGUGUACGUACACAAGUACUAUACAGGUUUUCUGAAAAUCGUGGCCUUAUUAUUCUAAUUAUUAUUAUGUACUUAUUUGUAACUGAAAUCUCAAUAAUGGAAUAUUGUUACUUAAAUCUCUUAUUUAAAUAAAUGAAUGUUUUAUUCAGCAAUUUUACUUAUUUUGAAUGUUAUCAAUGAUAUGCGUGCCGUGCCGGUUUUGAAAUGUAAAAGUGUACACUAUGAAACUGUUGUUGUGUGCAAUCA